CUCAGCUCGCCUGUGAUCCAACCUCUUGUUCGAUCAUGGCUCAGUGUGUUCUCCUUCUUCUUCUCUAAUACUAAUCACUCUUGUUGCGUGUAUCAAGCUUGCCUUUGUUGGUUUUGCUUACUUCCAUUCAUUGAUUCGGCUGGUCCAAUCCGUUACACUAGACAUUCUUAUUGCAUUCGAAGUUUGAACACCUGAGUCCAUCGACAACGACCACCAAGUCUUUCAUCGACUCGCCCACAUUUAUCGUCAGAAUGCCUGCUGUGUACCAGAGCUUGGCGAGCAUUGCUCGUAUGCCCCCUCCCGGGGUAACACCCAACAAAACGGCACUACAGAAUUCAUCCAACACGUCGUCCCCAGCCGAGACACCAACAGACACAGUACCAGCAACCAACAAACCGAAGCUGACUCUCUCAGUGUUGACCGAUUAUCUCGCCCAGCUGGAGACCACACCCAUCACCCCCCACUCCGGUAUCCGAGAGCCCAGCUCCACCACAGCCGAGUGCGGCGAGGGACUCGGUUCCGAUGCCAACAACCUAUCAGCAGCAGCCCGCGCUGAUAUGAUCUUCAAAAGAUGGAUAGCCGCCGGCAUGCCCGACGAGGUCAGCAAGGGAGAGUCUGAAGAAAAGAAAGAAACCACGACAGAAUCUAUCGAUGAUGUAGCCACUCCCAAAGCAGAAGACAAGCACGAACUCCCCUCGCCAGAAGAAGCCAAGUCCCUAGCCGAGGCCGAGGAACUCAACACCAAGCUCCUUCACGACCGCGUCACUCGCUUUCUUCAGACAAUCGGCCAGCCUCCCACAAAAUCAGAACGCAAUGAGCGGCUGGCAAAGGAAAACAAGAGCCUGCAGAAGCAGAUAGCCUCGCUCCAGCGGACCGCGCAAGUUUCCAUCAAGGAGAAGCAUAGCCUCUCCACCCAAUUAGUCGCGCUGAAGCAACAGCACGAGACAAGCCAGCGUCAUCUAGAGAAUGAGCUGCAGAAACAAAAGACGGCUUAUGAGACCAAGAUCAAGGAGCUGGAGGAGCAGCUCGCUCAGCAGAAGAAACAACACGAGGAGCAACUUGCCCAGCAAAAGACCGACUUCGAGAACCAGCUAGCCGAGCAGAAGAAGCAGCUCGCUCAACAAAAGGUCGUCUUCGAGAAACAGCUUGCCAAUCAAAAAGAAGAGCACAACCAGGAAGUUGCCGUCCACAAAGACAACAUAACCCAACUCACCCGUCGCUCCCCGUCUCCCACCCCUUCAACCCGCACCACCGCCCCUUCCAUCCUUCCCGGCACAAAACCCCGCCUCACCCUUACCCCCACCGACAUCUCCUCGUGGUUCACCACCCGCACCGCCUCCUGGCUCUCGUGGUCCUCUUCUUAUGCGCACACCAACCCCAACCGACUCGUCGAGCUGCACCCGCUUCAACGGGACGAAGUCGCGCGGGGUGUGUCGCACUUUGUCCGGCUGACGGCCGACGACAAGCUGCCCAAGCAGUUCAUCGCCUACACGGCCGACGCCAACAACGAGCGAAUCCGGUGCCUGCUGUACGGGAUGCUGGUGAACUUCAUCACCAAGGAGUGCUUCGCGUCGCCGUGGUGGGUGUUCAAGGCGCUGCGGAGGGCGGGAUUGGAUGGGGACAUGGUGGAUGUGGAGAGCCCGACGAUCGAGAGGGGGGGUUCUUCGAUGAGGAAUCAUGUUGAACCUGCUGGGUUUAGGGUCGACACGGCUACGUGGGAUAAUCACAUUUCACCUGCCCUUCUCAGCCCGGGGUUGCCGGUGGAUGUACCGGUGAUGCCGGCGACGGCGAGGUCGAUUAGUUUUAUGAGCCCGAGGCUGACGAACCCGGGGGCGGUGUCGAUGCAGAGUCUGGGGGUGAUCUCUGUUGCGCUGGAUGAGGGGUGUGAGCCGAGUGUUCAGCCGGACAUGUUGCCCCUGGAGGGGGAGAUGGAGGCGCUUUUUGAGCUUUUGAGCAAUGUUCAAAUCAAUCCUACCUCCGCUUCCUCCCUUCGCGCUUCUCUUCUUCACCUCCUCCACGAAUCUGGCCUCUCCCUUGACGUCACUCACCCUUCUAUUUCUGGGAACGGCGACCGUCGGAUGCUCGCUGAGUGCCGAAAGGAGUACGCUCGCAAGCUGAAGGAUAGGUUCCUCUCUGGUCCUGCACGCUUCUUGCUCCGCGAGCAGACUCCUGAAGGUAUCAGUCUGUUGGAAGGCAAGUUGGUAGGGGAGAUUGAUUUGGCAUUGAGGUUUUCCGGGUUAGUGUGGGGGAGGUCAGACGGAGACUUGCAGUUCAAGGGACUGCUCGACCUCCCUGAAUAUGGUGAGAGCGAGGACAUGGAGGUGUAUGGUGGGAAGGAAAAGGUUGAGGGCGGGAGGCCGUCAUCGGCAGAUGGCGAGAAACCUCCAUCAGUCAUGAUGGUCCUCCAGCCGGCCAUGACCUGCACCACCUUCUCCUCCUCUGAAUCCGCCACUUCUCACUCUAGGUCUUCCUCCUCCUCCGCCUUUGGACGUUCCGCCUCUGGGCGGUCCUCCCCUGACUCCCAAGCACAACCUGAAAGCACCACUAUCUCGAAAGCCCUCAUCCUCCUCUCCAACUGCUUUCCCCCAUCAUCCUCUGCCACCGCUACCACCACCACGGCCGCCACUAGUAGCCGCCCUUUAACUCCAGAAACUUCUCCUCCACAAGAAGCCAUCAUGACACCUGAUACCGUUGUUUGUCUUCGACUCUCCAUGGCUGCCUGCCCUCCUACUCCUGCCGAGCCUUCGCAAGAGGACCUGGACAAUUUUGAAACGCUCCCGGCAGCUUCGUUCAAGUCGCCCAAGCGCAGUCCCAAGCUGAAGCUGAGGAAGUCGCCCGAGUUGAAGUUGGCAGGGUCGGGGUGGGCCAAGAUUGAGGAGACAGAGAAGCUAGAGGCGGAUAGCUGAGUGCUUGUAGUGAUUGACGUGGUGAUUUCAUAUUUCUUCUUCUUUUCUCUCAUGAUGAACGGUAACGGGUUGAUGACCGUGUGACCUGUCGUCUGUUUUAGGUUUCUGAUGUUGUGUUGGUUGGCAAUUCUUAGCGUGGGAUUUCGUACUGG